UGCUGGUCCCGGCGAGCGCGGCGCCAGCGCCCCGGCCCGGACAUGGCCACCGACUCCUGGGCCCUGGCCGUGGACGAGCAGGAGGCGGCGGCCGAGUCGCUGAGCAGUUUAAACCUGAAGGAGGAGAAACCCAAAGCAGAUGCCAAUGGUGCUGUGAUCAAGGCUGAUGACAAUGUGGAGAAGACAGAGGAUGAGGAGAAGGAGGACAGGGCUGCCCAGUCCCUGCUGAACAAGCUGAUCCGCAGCAACCUGGUGGCCACCACCAACCAGGUGGAGGUGCUGCAGCGGGACCCUGCCUCGCCGCUCUACUCCGUCAAGUCCUUCGAGGAGCUCCGCCUGAAACCCCAGCUGCUGCAGGGAGUCUAUGCCAUGGGCUUCAACAGGCCAUCCAAGAUCCAAGAGAAUGCCCUGCCCAUGAUGCUGGCUGAGCCCCCCCAGAACCUGAUUGCACAGUCUCAGUCUGGUACUGGCAAGACAGCUGCCUUCGUCCUGGCCAUGCUGAGCCGAGUGGAACCCGGCAACAAGUACCCACAGUGUUUGUGCCUUUCCCCCACCUAUGAGCUGGCUCUGCAGACAGGAAAAGUGAUCGAGCAGAUGGGGAAGUUCUACCCGGAGCUGAAGUUGGCCUACGCCGUCCGAGGCAAUAAAUUGGAGCGCGGGCAGAAGAUCUCGGAGCAGAUCGUGAUCGGCACGCCCGGCACGGUGCUGGACUGGUGUUCCAAGCUGAAAUUCAUAGACCCCAAGAAGAUCAAAGUGUUUGUCCUGGAUGAGGCUGAUGUGAUGAUAGCCACCCAGGGCCACCAGGACCAGAGCAUCCGCAUUCAGAGGAUGCUCCCCAGGGACUGCCAGAUGCUUCUGUUCUCUGCCACAUUCGAGGACUCCGUGUGGAAGUUUGCUCAGAAGGUGGUUCCAGACCCCAACAUCAUCAAACUGAAGCGAGAGGAGGAGACUCUGGACACCAUCAAGCAGUACUAUGUGCUGUGCAACAACAGAGAUGAGAAGUUCCAGGCCCUCUGUAACAUCUACGGCGCCAUCACCAUCGCCCAGGCCAUGAUCUUCUGCCACACUCGAAAGACAGCGAGCUGGCUGGCAGCAGAGCUCUCCAAGGAAGGCCACCAGGUGGCUUUGCUCAGUGGGGAGAUGAUGGUGGAGCAGAGAGCUGCUGUCAUCGAGCGCUUCCGAGAGGGCAAGGAGAAGGUGCUGGUGACCACCAACGUCUGCGCCAGAGGGAUUGAUGUGGAGCAGGUCUCUGUGGUGAUCAAUUUCGACCUCCCUGUGGACAAGGAUGGCAACCCAGACAACGAGACCUACCUGCACCGCAUCGGCCGCACCGGGCGCUUCGGCAAGCGGGGCCUGGCCAUCAACAUGGUGGACAGCAAGCACAGCAUGAACAUCCUCAACAGAAUCCAGGAGCAUUUCAACAAAAAGAUCAACAAAUUGGAUACUGAUGACUUGGAUGAAAUUGAGAAGAUCACUAACUGAAGCCCAGCUGCUGGCAAGUGCUGUGGAGCCUGCUGGGGAAGCUCUCCCAUCCCAAUUGGAUCAGUGUUCAGAUUGGCCAACGCCGCUCAGCUAAGUUCCUCUCUU